CCGAUGGAGAGGGAUAGCUGGCCUAGCCUAUGAGUGAGUGAAGGGAGGCUGUGAAGCAGCACGAAAGCUCUAACCAAGCACUGCGUUCUACUUGGCGAUGGCCACCCUUGCCGUUCUCAUCCUCGCUGUUGCAAUCGAUGCCACUGCUCUGUGUAGCUUUGCCAUUAAGUCAACACCACUUGAAAAGUCCUCAAAAGAGACUAAAUUCCCAAAUCGAUCAUUGCGGACGAAAUUCACGGCACUGGCUUCAAAGCUUUCUGGGCCGGAACAGCCUUCAUGCUCUGCUAUGUCGUAUUCCAGCCUGUCAUCGACUGCUUCUCUAGCAUUUUUGGCCGUAGACUCGUCCUCACCUCCUCAGUGCUGUUCUUCCUUGCAGAAUGUCUGCGCUUUGCUCUGGCGAAGAACUUCAAAAUAGUCCUCGUUUUUCGAGUGUGUAAGACGCUGGUGGUGAUGGAAUUGCUGUCAUGACGGAGACUAUUGUUUCUGAGACGAUCCCGCUGAGAUUGAGGGGCGAGUGGUUUGGUGUUCUUAGUGGGAGGAAUGCUAUUGGAACUCUGCUGGGUCCGAUCCUUGGGGGUGUGUUGGCGCAGCAUGUUACUUGGGUAAGCAUACUGUCUCUCUCAAAGCAAUCGGGCUGGUGUUGACUAUCGCAGCGAUGGGUCUUUUAUAUCAACCUCUCAUUCAUUGGCGUUGAGUGAUGGUUCCUCUUUCCAUCAACCUCACUGUUCUCCUUACUUCCCUCGUCGACAAACUCAAACGCAUCGACCUGAUCGGCUCUCUGAUCUUCAUUGGCUCUACCACCGGCUUCAUGAUGGGUAUCUCGUGGGUUGGAGUGCAAUACCCUUGGUCGUCUUGGCACAUCGUCAUCC